UCUCUAACCAAAAUUUGGGUCUCUCUUUCGUCGUCUUGUCGUCUCUUCUUCUUGAAGUCGCAGUCUGAAAGUGAGUUGAGAGCUAACUUCAAAAUUUGGGCCCAGAAUGGCCGAGUACGAGUCCUUAGUGAACCACGAAGAAGAUGAAGAACAACCAGAGAUUGUCACCAAGAGAAGAGCUAGAACUACUCGCGUCGCGUCUGUCGAUGUUUUCCGUGGCCUCUCUGUCUUCCUUAUGAUGCUUGUGGAUUAUGGUGGGUCGGUUUUCCCAAUCAUUGCUCAUUCCCCAUGGAAUGGCGUACACUUGGCAGAUUUUGUGAUGCCUUUCUUCCUUUUUGUUGCUGGGGUUUCUCUUGCAUUUGUAUACAAGAAAGUUUCGGACAGGGUAGAAGCUACAUGGAAGGCAGUACUGAGGGCAUUGGAACUUUUUCUCCUUGGUGUUCUUCUUCAAGGUGGUUAUCUGCAUGGAGUAACUUCUUUGACAUUUGGUGUUGACAUUGAAAGGAUACGUUGGUUUGGCAUUUUGCAGAGGAUAUCUAUUGGAUACAUUGUCGCGGCUUUGUGUGAGAUAUGGCUUCCAUGUCAAAGAUGGAGGGGAAUAUGUUCUUUCAGGAAUUAUUCUUGGCACUGGUUAAUUGCAUUUUCAUUGUCUGCAAUAUACUUGGGGUUAUUAUAUGGUUUGUAUGUUCCAGAUUGGCAAUUCAAAGUUCUGGACUCAACAUCUUCUUUUCUUUCAGCGAAUGGCAGCUGUAUUUACAAGGUGACAUGUUCUGUAAGGGGUGAUCUUGGACCUGCCUGUAAUUCUGCUGGAAUGAUUGAUCGUUACGUUCUUGGUAUUAACCAUCUGUAUACAAAACCUGUAUACAGAAACCUACAGGAAUGCAAUAUUUCCAACAAUGGCACAGUUCCAGAAAGUUCACCUUCAUGGUGUCAUGCUCCUUUUGAUCCUGAAGGUAUAUUAAGUACAUUAACGGCCGCUGUAACCUGCAUAAUUGGACUUCAAUAUGGCCAUGUUUUUGAACAAUUAGAGGACCAUAAAGAACGUCUGGUUAAGUGGCUCACAUUUUCAUUUUCUUUUUUAGUCCUCGGAUUGUUCCUUGUCAUUACAGGUAUCCCUUUGAAUAAAUCUCUGUCCACAAUCAGUUAUAUGUUGGUUACAUGUGGCUCUGCAGGAAUCACCUUUUCUGCUCUAUACAUAUUGGUAGAUGUUUAUAAUUACAGGCGCUUGACAUUUGUUCUCGAGUGGAUGGGAAAGCAUUCUCUAAGUAUUUUUGUUGUUAUAACUUCUAACUUGGCUGUUAUUGCAAUUCAAGGAUUCUACAGGAAUGCUCCUGAGAAUAACAUUAUUCAUUGGAUCGUGACACGCUUUGUGCACACAUGAUAUGGUAGCUCAGAAGUGCAUAGUAAUGCAGGUAUAAACAGAGCAGAAGAAAUAUCAUCGUUGCUGACAAACGUAUUUCAAACCUCAAGGUUGCAAGUUGUAAUCUCUUCAUGUAGUCGCCUUAAAAUGGUUGAAACAAAGAAAUUGAGAUUUGCUUUUGCAAUCAUUUAACCAUAAAAGAGUUGUUGCCCUGUACGGUGUAUGUAUCCUUUGUCAUACAAGAGACGGUUCCAGUAGUGCAAUUUUGAGUGUACAUAAAAAGGUUAUAACACAAUGUGGUUCUUGUUAGAUGAGGGUGGUGAGAUUGGACAUAGACUUUAACCCUUUGACAUUAUUUGAGUGUAUAUACCGUAAUACACAUCAUGUACAUCUGAUGAGUCUUAUGUGCAGGCUUCACCAGUGUUGUCAAAGGCGAGCCUAAGCUCCGGCCUAAUAUAGGCACAAGAUUACACCCGUAGUUUGUCCAGGUGCGCCUUGGACAAUAUUUGCGCCUUCAAUAUGGAAUUUGAAUUCCUUAAUAGUAAUUUAAUUUUUACAUUGUGCACCUCAAUUCACUGAGCUUGCGCCUUGGCCUUUUGAUUUCACUGGGGUUGACGCCAGCAGUACAAGGUUCUGCUUAAUAGAUUUAAAAUGAAGUAUUGUCUUUACUGAUCAUUAUCAACAUCUCACGACUAGAGAUUUGAUGUCAUAUGGACUAAAUUCCCAGAUAUUCAUCCACCUAAUUUUGUUGUAAUUAGUUUUUUUUUUUUUUUUCUUUGGUUUGGGUAAUGUUGAAUCAGUGCACUCUAUGUUUGUUCCUUUUGUUCUGGUUAUCAGAUACGCUUUUGGGCAA